AUGGCGACUACCAAAUCUCAGGCAGGCGAUGAGCGCGGUCCUUCGACAUCGGGAAACCAAAGCCGUGGAAGUACACCGUCAGACUUCUUGAAGGCUGUGCUAGGAAGACCGGUUGUUGUCAAACUCAACACUGCUACCGAGUAUCGUGGUAUUCUUACCUGCCUCGAUGGCUACAUGAACAUCGCCCUGGAACAGACGGAAGAGUACGAAAACGGCGAAUUGAAGAACAAUUUUGGAGACGCCUUCAUUCGCGGAAAUAAUGUUAUGUACAUUUCGGCGGGCAGGUCUGCGUAG